AUGGGACGUUAUCGCCAGCUUCUACUUAUUUUAGUUGCACAGAAUAUCAUUAUAAUCUGCAACAGCUUAAUUCAUCAGGAAUUCAAAACAUUAACUCAUUCAAGAUUACGUCAAUUAUAUUGGACACAUUAUGAUGAUUACACGAAAUUUGUCGCACAAUAUAAACGAAAUGUGAAAGAUGAUCGACCGGAACCACAUCGUUUAUUGGCUUAUGCAAAAAAUAUGGCAAUCAUUAAAAAGCAUAAUGAAUUAUAUAAACAAGGCAAAUCAUCAUUUAUGCUUGGUCCAACUGUAAUGAGUGAUAUGGUAAGAUGUAAAAUUUUAUAA